CGCUAAACGUGCACCUAAGCUAAGCUAACGCCGCUUGUCUUGCUAGUUUUUGAAGUUCUUGUUGUAUUUGGAAAAUCGCACCAAACUCCAUUGAAAAUCCAUCAAACUUUAGGUUCCGCGUAAUAGCUGUUAAAUGGACCCAGGUGCCUUUGUAUACAGCAAUGUCUUCUAAAAUACCAAGAGGUGUGCAGCUACCUCCAGAAACGAAGAGAACGGCUCUUAAAGACACAGCAACUGUAUCUGCGACAGCAAACGCUGCCCAGAAGUCAGACGGCAUCCUUAAAUCUCAAAAAGAAAAUGUGCCAAGAAAAAAUGCUGCCCCUAAAGUGCACAAGGGGAUCUCCACCAGGUAUGGGCAACAGGCUGAGCUCAAGGAGCAAAAUCAGCAUUUGAUUGCUACCAAUGAGGAGCUGCAGAAAAACCUCACAGACACACAGCAAAGAGUAGCUGAGUUGGAGCUGCAGUUCACUGACCUUGAAAAGGAGAAUGUAGGGUUACAGAAAAACCUGAAGGACUGUCAUGUUCUCCUCGUCGGAGCCAAAAUAGACCCAGUUUUAGGAGAAAGAGUUGGAGAAGCUGCACGACAAAAUGAAGAACAAAGAAAAGAAGUCAUGAGUGUCUCCACAGACCUGCUGCAUGAAUUAAAAGCGUUUGGAGACGUUGCAUCGCAGCAACGAGCUCAACUAGAGGAAAUCCAAACAACGAUGACGGAACUCACAAAAGCACGGGAACAUAUGAUUCAGGAGAGGGAGAACUUUUCCCUGGAGGCUGCAGAAAUGGAAAAAGCUCUCAAGGAAGCAGAAGUUCUCUUGUUGUAAAAAUGUACAAUAAUUAGACCGUGAAAAAAAUGUGUAUAUUCUUGCAUAAUAUUUUUUUUGUUUGUCUUUUUACCCGAUGUUAAUGAAACUGAAUAAAAUAUUGUUAUUUCUUGGUGUC